UCUCAUAAAAUAUCCAAAGGAAUAUUACAUUUACCAAAGGUGACUUUAAAGAAAACAGGUAAAUGGAUUGAAGAGAUCGCCAAGAAAAAAUCUCGUCGUAUGGCAUGCGUUGACCCACUGGGUACAUGUUGGCACAGCGGAAGAAACUGUCCAUCCAAAACAAGCUCACACCGUUUUCGGUCUUGUGCCACAAACGUCGGAAACCAACAGCAGGAUUUUGUGCCACCCGCUUCUCUCAGGCCUCCGCCAGUAGCUGGAGAGUGCCACAGGCGUCCCUGAGGGCACCGCCUAGGAGAUGGAUGACCCUAAAUCAUAGAGAGCGUGAGUUGUCGUUGGAGAAUAUGGACGCUGCCAAUUUUGAAGAUGAAGAAACCAUGAAUUUUAGUGAUAAUAAUGAAGAAUUAGACAAAGAGGAUGAGGAGUUGGAGGAUGAGGGUGAGGAAGAAGCUGAAGUUGAAGAAGAAGGUGAGGUAGAGGAGGAGGAGGAGGAAAUAGCAUCUGAAGAAGAAUUUGACGAGAGUCUGAGGGAUGAAGGUUCCAAGAGUGAGACUACUGAAGAGGAAAGAAACGAUGCAGGAAAGGAGAGUGAAGCAAAGACUGGCCUUAUGUCUUUGUAUUCAGGCAUGAAUGACAUCAUCAGUGAACCCAGUUCCAUUUCAAACUCGCCAGUGCCCACUCCCACCGUCACCCCUACCAAAACCCCAGGAAAUGGAACAUCACGCUUACAAGCAGCGUUGACAUCUAGUCUCUCAUACAAAAGCAGUGGAGGUGGUCUCCUUGUUCAUCAUCCUGUUACUCCUAAGAAGAGAGUUGUUAAUAAAACCAAUACUGACCAUCUAAGUGAAGAACUCAGCCUUGGAUACAGGAUCUUGAUGGAACUAAUGUCUGAUUACCAGAAAGGCAGUAAUGCCCCAUUUAUGGAACCCAUAGAAAUGGACAAGGAGAAGAAUGGAGAUUAUCUGGAAGUUGUAGAGAAACCAAUGUGGCUGAAAAAGAUCAAGGAACAACUUUUGGAUGGCAAAUAUACUACGAUAACGGAAUUAGUCGGUGAUAUUAGAACAAUGUUAGAAAAUGCUUAUCGGUACUAUGGCCCGAGUCAUUCCAUUUCCAAGAAAGGGUUGCGUCUGGAACACAUGAUGGAGCAAAAGAUUACACUCCUUCCAAAGGAAGUGCGUGAACUUUGUACCUUGGAAAAAACCUCUGGAACAGCACCUGAAGAUAUAACGCAGAAGCACCGUAAUAAAACAGCUAGAAUAUCUGUUAAUGGAGACAACUUUUUCUCAUAUGUCUUGUAUCGUGUUCGUGGAUGUCGACAUAAUCGGGAUAAGGAAAUAAAAAGGAGGAGAAUGGAAGCCCUGCGUCAAGCCAAAAAAGAUCGGGAACAAGAAGUUAUUGUAUGGGAGGAAAAGCUGUUAGAAGAACCGGUCCAUACACACCUGAGGGCAAUGUGGGAGCUUCCACAAAUCGGACACUUCAUUUUUCUUACCCUCAAGACUCUCAACAUAUAUGAGGUGCCUCAGUACGAACUGGAACGAAUGCUAUUGAUGCCUCAGGCAUCUCGCACUCUAGCCAUGCUGCUCACCUCUCUGUUAUCUUCACCACAACAGAGACAGAAACUCAGUGAAAAACCUUAUAUGCCCUAUAAAGUAUGGGCCAGGAAAUUGGCUCAUAAGACAUUGUUGUGGUAUAGAUGUUAUUUUCGGGAAAAUCAAGAUUCUCAAAAGGUUUUUGAUCAAAUGGGUAUUGAACCAGAAUUUUGGCUAAUUUGCGGUCCAUCAAAUCCUUUUGAUCGUCAGCUUUUUCAUGAAAUGACAUUUCAUCAGCGAGUAUGGCUUCUAAAGUCUCUCUGUGAUUACCUUUUGCACAACCACAAAACUGUGCAAGAAGUCAUAGCAGAACAGCCAGAGGCAGAUCAGCGAGAGUACAAUCUUGGGAGAGAUCGUAAUGGGAAUGAAUAUCUUCAUUUCCCUCAGUUCUGUGGUCAGAGCUUAAGAAUCUACAGACGAGCCCGAGUUCCUUCUCCAGAGGUUCCCCCACAAGAAGAGGAAGUUGUUCAGGGGAACAUAUUACCUUUAGAGAAAAUAAAAGAAUUUAGAAAAAUGAUAAAGAAAUUCAGAAAUAAAUAUGAAGAAGAGGCUGAGUGGGAAGGAGCAAGAGGUAAGAAGAAGAAAAGGAAGAGGAGAGCAAACAGGGCAGUUGACCCAGAGGAGGAAGUCCCUUCUGCUGCUAGUCGUAGUCGUCCCGGCAACCUGAGACAGCGUCCCAGGGCUAGAUAUAAUGACCAGUAUGAAGAUUUGGGUCUCUCCUCUGAUGAUGAACCAAAGGCCAAGCCAAAGAGUAGAAAGUUUAAGUCACUGGAUUACUCAAGUGAUGAAGAUUUACCUACAGAAAACAAUGAACCUGUGGAUACUCCACCUCCCCCUACUCCAACUCCUACUCCAAAUGAUGCUGAAGAUGAAACCACCAAUAGCAGUUUGCCUUCUGGGGUUCAGGAAGGAGUUAAUAGAGCUCAGCAAAAGAACCCAAAGGUUAAGAAAGGAGGGAAAAGGAAGCCUACCUGCGAGCUUUGUGGCAAAUCAUUCCAUACAAUUGCAGCUUUGAAAGGACACAGAGCUGUUCACACAAAGGAGAAGAAGUUAGCAACUGAAGCAGAAAACAACAAAAGAUUGAAACAGACUGAAUCUACCACGAAUGCUUUGGAAGAAAAGGUGGAUGAUAGCAGGUGUAAUGGUGACAAGGGUGUUUCUCAAAAUGGAGAGUGUGACGUCAGUGUUAAAUCUGAAAGCAAUAUGGAUAGUAAGUUAAAAGAUCUGAAAAGUGAAUCUCUUAUUAAUGGUGUUAUUAAACAAGAACCUGUAGAUAGUGAGGGUGAAGAUAAAUCAGAAAAUGGUGGAGUUGUUAAGAAAGAAAUGACAGAAGACACCGAUGGAGUGUUAAAGGUGAAAGAAGAAAAAAUUGACAUCAAAGAAGAGGAAUUGGAUUAUACCGAAGUGAAAGGGGAGGAUGAUGAAAAGCAUUGUAAUGGUGGAAUAGUCAGUACAAAAAUUAAAAGUGAAGAUAACCAAAGAACAGAAAAUGGUGAAUUGACAAAGAGUGAUGUAAAUAAUUCUCUAUCGUGCAAUGGCAGUGCAAUUAAGAAGGAGUUAGAGGAGGAUGAAAACUCUAACAACAGUAAAGCAAGCACUCCAGUACCUCCCCCAGAACCCAAACCAAUUCACGACCCAUCUCCGUACCUGCCUCAAAUUGAGGAUUUUGAGUUGGUCGUGACCUCUGUAGAACAAUUGCGGGCUUUAAUCAAGAGAUUUGGUGACUUGCCCGAAGGAAGUGGUAACGCUCAUAAUGACAAUGAAAAUUCCAAGGAAGAUGCUAAACCUGAGAAACGUCCAUCUUGUGAAGUGAAAUUGCACCGUGCCCUGUGCAACCUUCUGACAGAGUUGAGUCCAUGGGAAACUAAACUACUGUCUGCAAACAAAAGACUACGCACAAAACUUAGAAAUGAAUGGAAUGAUUUUGUCAAGAGAGGUGAAGAUUAUGUUGACCCAGCAGAAGAAGCGUGGAUGAGUGACCCUGAACCAGAUCCAGAACCUGCAGCACCAACUCCCCAGCCAUCAUCCUCAUCCUCAUCAUCCAGCGAGGAAUCUGUAGACGAGGAUGGCAAUCCAAAGAGGAAGCUAAGGAAGAGAAGAGCCAAGCGACAGGCAGUAGCCCAGAUGUUGGAAAAUGUUCCUCCCCCUGUUGAAACACCCAGUGCUCCAGCCCCACAAGAGAAUCCUGACUCGUAUGCUGUUUCAUCACGAGGUCGUGUUCGUAAAGUGAAGAAGAUUAUUAAUUAUGAUGGACUUGAUUUUGAAAAAUUAGCAAUUCAGGCAUCUUUGGAAGCAGAGGAAGAAAAGGUCAGAAGAAAAAGAAAACGCGAGGAAGAGGAGAAAGAGAGAGAACAAGAGGAAAGUAGCCGAUCAAACUUUGUGUCGUAUGGUGGAGUUAAGCGUUAUCUUUUAUCGCAGUCCGGACAUAUUACUAAUUAUAUUGAUAAUGCGGGCCAAAUUCGUUCAGCUAAUGCUUCCAGGGAUAAUCGUGGUGAUAAAGGAAAAGUGGACAUAUCUUCUGUUAGGAAUUUGGCUGGUCAGUUGGUGACAAAUGCAAAGAAGGAAAGUCCUAAACCGCCAGUGCGGCAUGGUAGUGCCAUACCUAAUAGGGUUUUCCAGAACACUAACAUUAAGCCUGAUGUACCCUGUGUGAUUGUAGCGGCAUAUGACAAUCAGGGUUCCCCCGUUAAUGUGAGAGUUGUGGGGGAGCAAGCUUUGCAGCUUGUGAAGUACAUGAAGCCUGGCACUAAGGGCCCUGUGACUGAGAUCAAACUGCAACACCAUGGACAGACAUAUACUAUGAAUACAAAUGCUCAGAUCAUUACUAAAAACAUUCCAGGUAUUCCAAAUGGAGGAAGUCUUGGGAGCCCGACUCCCAGUGUUAUUCGGUCCACUGCCUCUGCAUCUGUACCUACCUCAUCACUUGGAGUAAGUAGACCCUCAGGAGGAUUAGGUGGUUUAGUCACCAGUAAUUCUCCAUCUGUACCAAGAGUUGCUCCAAUAUCCACUGUUGUCACCUCUUCCACAGCUAAUCCACCGAAUACCAUCGCUCUAGCAUACAGAGGGGUAGCACGGCCUGCUAGACCAGUGAUAAUGACCUCUGGACUGACACGUCCCCAAGGGUCUGUUGUUCGGGGUGUCCUUGGAGAACAUGCUCGUCCACAUACUGCAACAACUAGAUUAGUCACUGCUUCACCUUCUGUUGUUUCAUCAGUGAUGCCCCCUGGUGCUAGACCAUCAGUUAAUGUAACCUCUCCAGUACAUACAAGUCAAGUUUCUCGAGCUACUACAUCCACAGUUUUGACCUCUCCAGUGAGGCCUGCAGCACCACAAGUUGUAAAUAGAAUUGCUGGAGUUCCUAGUGCUGGCGCUGGGGUUACUUCUACAGCAAGUGCUGUGCCUCAGUCACCAGCACCUGUUGUUCAAGAGCAGGUUAUUUCACAGCAAGUGCCAAUACAAACUGCUACCACACAGACAACGACUGUUAUUAGUCAGCCACAGGGUCAGGCUAUAACUGCAGCCACAGUUGUGGUUCCUGCUGCUGGAGGUCAACCCCAGCUCAAAUUAGAGUCUGAAUCACUUGCGCAGUUGAUGCAGCGAACUGGCAGUAAAAUAGUAGCAAUGCCAAAUGGCAGAGGUGGUUACACUUUAUCAUUGACACCUGGGGUAGUACCACCUGGUCAGAAGGUUCAGUCCCAUGUUGCAUCAAAUACAGCUGCAAAAGUUCAGGUUGUUACAAGUGCACCUGCAUCAUUGUUACAAGACCCUCCAACUUCUGUUCAGCAAGUCAUUCAGCAACAAACUUUAUCACCAACAAGUGCAGUACGCCCAGCAACAGUCGUUCAAGGUGUUCAAGGCAUCAGUCGUGCGACUGGUGUUCAGGCAGUGUCCACUCAACAGGUAGGGUUAAGGCAAGUAAUCCCAGUGAACCAGACAACUAUUGCUGGUUCAGUUAUCAAAACAAAUAAUGUUGUAACUCAAGGUACCCAGCUGGUGUUAAAUAGUGGUCAACAGACUUUUACAAGAGUUGCAACUCAGCCAAGAGUGUAUAGUAAUUUGGUGACAGCCCAAUCUACUCCACAACAGACCAGAACCUCAACAGGAACAGUUGCAACAGUACUUGCUCCUCAACAGAAUGUGAAUACAAUUGUCAGUGCAAAUCCGCAACCUACUGUCUUGCAGCAUGCUGUUGUUCAUAAAGGUGCCACAGUUCAAUCUCAGACACCUGGUAUCCAAGCAGCUUCUGGCCAACAGCAGUAUGUAGUACAGCAGCGUGUCCUUGCCCAGCCUACAGGCACCCCUCAAGUUGUAAGAUUACAGCAAGCUAAUCCUAGUCAGCCUGGUAAUGCUGGUCAACGACUAACAGUCCAAAUUGUUCAACAGCCUGGAGGAGGACAGCAGGUUGUACAGAUGGUGCCUCAGGUCAUCUCACAGGCAACAGGUACAGCUGGUCAGCAGAGUUUGAUAUAUGUUCAAGGAACAGGUCAAGUCAUAGCACAACAACCAAAGACCACCUUUACCACUUUACAACCACAAUCGCAAACCCAACCACAACCCCAACUUCAGUCUCCACAACAGGGGCAAAUAGCACAAGUUGCACAGGUUGCACAGCAACAAGUGGUGCAAGUAGCACAACCACAGCAACAAGUAGUGCAAGUUGCUCAGCCUCAGCAGCAACAAGUUGUGCAAGUAACCCAGCCUCAGCAGCAGCAGCAGCAACAGCAGGCACAGCAAACUACACAGCAGACAACCCAGGGUCGUUUAGUGUUGGUGAGAACGCAGCAAGGAGAGCAGAUGGCUCUUCAUCAUCCGGAUGGACGAUUGACGUUCUUGACUCAAGAGAUCCAGGCUGCUCUAAGAAGUAAUGCCACUAAUAGUCAACCGGCAAGCACAUGAAAUUAAUAUUUUAGCUACUACCUGUGAUGAUUUAAUAAUUAUGUGAUGUGUAUAAAAUGUUUUUAUUUGUUGGAAAACUGCACAAACUGAGUACUGUAUUUGCAAGGCUUUUUUGGUGACCAGAUCAUUCGUUCAAUCAUUUGUGAAUACAGAAAAUUGGUGAUAAAAAUUUGCUGUCAGUUAGUACCUGCUUAAUCAUUAAGGUUGCGUGUGCAGUUUUCUUAUACAUGUGUGCUAUUAAUUUAAUGGUUACCCUAAUUGAGAUGUUGCCUUUUGUAUAUUUUAUGUAACUAUGACCAAUAUCUCUGUUGUUGCACUCUUGCAAAUCAAAAUUUAUCCCCUUUGAAUUUCUUCACCAUUCCACUUUUUAUUUAUUUAUUUUUUUUUUCAAUUAAAGUAGAGACAGACUAGGUUAUGCUGCAUGUACAGAUGUCAUACACAUCCAUUAAAAUCUAAUUGUAUUCAUAUUUACAAAACAUCUAAUUUGUAAUUGGUCACUUCAAAUGCUGUAGUUGCCAUUGUUUUACAUUUUAUUAAGACUUGAAAAAAAACUGAUAUUAAAGGUACUAUCAUAGCUUCUAGAAAAUGCAUCAUUUCAGAAUUUGAAAGAUUUUGUUUGUAAGUUUUCUUUUAGUAAAUUUCUUUCCCUUUAUCUUUUUCAGUAAACCAGCAAAUACCAUUUUUAUUUGUUGGUUGAAUAUUUGAUGUAUAUUUAUGUUUACUCAAGGAGAAAUAUUGAAUUCAGUGCCAUUACUGCCUCUUGUGCUUCAAAUUUGCAAAGAUUUUUAAUAAACAUAAGUUUGACUUCCUGUGUUAAGGCAAAUGGAACAUGAGUAUUGAAAACUUAAUGGGAAAUUGACAUUGGGAGCAGUUGAGGAGGUAUUUGGAAGAUUUUUGAAGAAAAUGUUUUGCAGCCUUUCAAUUGCAGUUUUUAUGAGUAUACAGAUUAAAUUUUAAAAUUGUACUUACUUGCGAAUUUGAUUGAAUCAGUUUGCAUGUUUAUGCUUGAUAAAAAAUGCUGUGCAAGAUUUUGGGUAACACUGCAGUCUACCCCUGAACUUCUGUUACUCAAUGAUUAAAGCAAAAUUACUUUCUGAGCUGAAGUGCAAUGUUUGGUAUUUCAUAUGUGGCGGCCUUUUAUCAUGCACUGGCUAAAGAGGCAAAACUGUAGAAACAGGUACCAUAUACGUACACGUGGAAGUCGUCAGAAAAGUGUAUAACUCCACCCAGUACUGUGGAAGUCUUUUAUUUGCAGUUUUCAUUGCUGCUCUUGCCAUUGGUGAAUAGUAAGUCCUUUGCUGUCACCUUUGUUAAUUGAAUGAGGAGAGCCUUUAGUCCGUAGCUCAUUCAUGUUUCUAAGUGAAAUGGAGGUUGUUAAUAGGACGACAUUUUUUCAUUUGCUUCUAAAUGCUGUAAAAUCAGUCAUGUUUUCCUUUUCACUUUAUAAUUUUCAAUUUGAAGAACUCUCGUUCUGUAGUUUAAAGAUAAAAAAACAGUUAUGAAUAUUUUUGGUUUUUAAUACAUCCCACUGAGUCGUUAUUUCUAGUUUUUUCUCUGCAACUGUAUUAUUUGUCAGUUUUCCAGGAAUGGAGAAAGGAAAUUGUUCAGCAAAGGAUUCUUUGAUCCAUAUUACUUAAAAGGGGAAAGAGUAAAGAAUUUUUUUUUGGUUGUUGAAGGUUAAAACAUUUGAAUCAUUAGUUUCUUGAGGAUUAUGCCAUGACAGUGUGAAUCAUUCAUAACAGCAACAGCUGUACUUAUUAUUAUUCUCAUCCAGUGCUUUUGAAAGUCGCAUGAAAAUUGUUACUUGUUUCUAGAAAGAAAUAUAUUUAAAAGCUGUUACAGGUUGGUCAUUAAUCAGAGGUGUGUUUAGAAUUUUUUUUAUGUAAGUUUUCAUUGCAUUCAUGUGUUUUUCAGUUGCCUACACAAUUAUGUUAUCUUAGUUUUUUUUUUUAUUGUGUUCUUUAUUUAGGAAAGACUUUUGUAUGUACAAAGUACUGUAUUUUGUUAGGUAUUAAAAGAUGUAUGACAUGUAUAUUAUGUACAAAGAAUAAUCAGAUGUUUUAUCCAGAAAUUCCUUUGUAGAGUUUUGUAUUUUCCAAGUCGAAGGCCCUUGUCAAGACACUACUUAAAACAUCAGUAUCCUCAAGGUAGUAGACUCUGCCUGAGUUCCUCUGCAGUAAGGUUAAAGGAGAAACGUAUUUAUAUUGAGUGCUGUUGGCCUUGGCACUCAAAACUAUUUACUGUUAUGUGGAGAGUAGUAUUUACUUGAAGUUACUGACUCCCUGUCAGAAGUGGAAUUUGUAGUGUAAAAAAAAAGGCUUUUUUGAGUUUUCUAAAGAAGAAAUCUUUGAAAUAAACAAUACAAAAUAU